AUGCCCUCGAACGACGAUGAAGCGGUGCUGGAAGAUGUUCGCGCCGUGCUCGAGAAGCUGAUCUGGACGGUCAGCGCCGAGCAGAUCGUCGACCACCAUGCAGCUCAAGACCGCGCGGCCCCCUCCACGUCAACGUACCCACAAGCUGACGUCGACAUGGAGGUUCAGGAUGUCAAGUUCAGAGAUCUCGACUCUGACUACGACUCUGAUUUCUCUCUCACCGCUGCCAACUCGGACGAAGAAUUCGAAAAGCUCACCUCCGUGCCCCUACUCCAGAUGCAGCGCCUCCAUAUGCAAGAAUACGGAAAAACCGAGAAAAAGAAGAAGAGCCAACGCGUCCAGAACGAGUACGAAUACGCCAAGCUCGACCCGAUCGAUAUCCCGCAAAUCCGGCUGGAGCCCGACUGCGAGUUGAAACUGUUGGGCAAAGUGCUGCAGAACAUGCACUGUCUGGUGUCCAUUCAAUGCGAGGCAUUCGUGGUGCUCGACUUUGACUGCUACCUUUUCGAUGAACAGCGCAACGUCUUUGGCCAGGUCUACGACGUCGUCGGAAAUACCCGGACCCCGAUCUAUGUAGUCCGCUUCAACACAGAGGCUGAAGCCGCGGCUGUGCCGGCCGGGAAACCGAUCUACUACGCGCCGGAGGGUUCCGUCGCCAAGGUGCUGCUGCUGGAACAGCUUAUGCAGCUGAAAGUGGCUGACCCGAAUGCUGACGCUGACGCUGAACCCGACUUUUCGGACGACGAGCAGGAAAAGGCGUACUACAACAAGGACCAGCGCCACCAGCGGAAGCGGACAAGGGAUGAGCCGAAUCGGCAUCAGCAACCGCAAAGACAGGGCAGCUGCUGGCCACCGUCCGGGCAAUAUGUAAAUCAGAAUCGGCGUGGUGGACGCGGACGAGGCGGCGGACGCGGGCGGGGUAAUCAAAAUGGACCCCGGUAUGGAGGGCAGCAAUACAACCAAUACGCGCCCGCUGGAAAUGCCGAUGGAUAUUGGCCAAUGUACCAGCAACACCCCACCGGAUACCCGCCCUAUCAUCAUCAGGGACAA